GUUCUUGGUCCAUGUGACGUCAUAAUGUGCCAUAAAAAUGGCGGAGUCGGAGGAGGAGGUGGAUGUCUUGGUCCAGAGAGUUGUCAAAGACAUCACUAACGCCUUCAAGAGAAACCCCAACAUUGAUGAGAUUGGUGUGAUCCCGUGUCCAGAGGCCCGUUACAACCGCAGUCCAAUUGUGUUGGUGGAGAACAAGCUGGGUGUUGAGAGCUGGUGUGUCAAGUUCCUGCUGCCAUAUGUCCACAACAAGCUGCUGCUCUACCGCCAGCGCAAACACUGGCUGGACAGGGAAGCUUUAGUGGAUAUCACCUGCACUCUGUUGCUGCUUAACCCGGACUUCACCACUGCAUGGAAUGUCAGAAAGGAGCUACUGCAGUGCGGAGUUCUUAACCCAGACAAGGACCUCUACCUGGGAAAGUUGGCCCUCACCAAAUUCCCCAAGAGCCCAGAGACAUGGAUACACCGACGCUGGGUGCUGCAGCAGAUCCUGCGUCAGUUCUCUGCUGUGGGCCGCAGCAGGAAGCAGCAGCAGGGUGAAGCAGAGCUGGCUGAUGCAGAGAGGAGCCAGCAGCUCAGUGACCAUCUGGCCAGGACACUACACCAAGAGAUGAAGGUGUGCUCUGAUGCUGCCUGCCGCUAUCCCAGCAACUACAAUGCCUGGUCCCACCGCAUCUGGGUGCUACAGCACAUGGCCAUGGGCAACAUCAAGGUUUUCCAUGAUGAGCUGUCCUCAAUGCGCCUAUGGGUGUCCAUGCAUGUGUCUGACCACAGUGGCUUCCACUACCGCCAGUUCCUGCUCAAGGAGCUGAUCACUGAGCUCUCUCAGACUCCAGCUUUCACCACCACCACCAGUUCACCCCAGCACCGGUCCAGCACACUGCCCAGCAACAGUCCCCAUCAUCACAGCCACGCACGGGCUAACAGGGAGCUGUCAGGAGCAGAGGCGGCGGGUGAGGAAGAGAGGCAGCUCAGCUUCACCAAAAUUCUUCAACUCUUACGCCAGGAGAUGGAGCUGUGCUCAGACCUGAUCCAGUCUUUCCCUGGACAUGAGACACUCUGGAGUCACAGGCGACACGUCUUAUACUUGUGGCACCACUGGAGGAGGGAACACCAGCACCACUGCAGCAGCAAUGGAGGCUGUGAGUCCGUCCACCUUAACGACAACAACCCAGCCCUGCCGAAGGUCAGUGCUCAAAGCUGUGCAGGCCGGGGGGAGAGUGUGAAUGGACAGAGGCAUGCUAGUGAAGCUAUGGAGGUAGACGGGCCCUCCUUGCCAGACCCGCGUGACAGCAAGCGACUGAAGAGAGGCGUCCUGCUGCCCGGCCCCCUAGCCCUGCCCUCUGAGCACAGCUUUGUGAGCGGUAUCCUGGACAGCUGCUGUAACCCCGAGCAGAGACAUUUCGCCCUGGCAUACAAGAAGUGGUUAGACACUGUCAUUGGUCAGCAGCCUUGAGCGAGAGAGCAAAAGCCCAUCCCUAGCCCCAUCCUUUCUCAACAGUGAAGUUGCCUUUAGAUACAGAUUUAAGAUCAGCUUGCCUACCUUUAGUGCUAACUUUAACUAAUGGUACUUCAGAUGCAGUGAUGGGGCAACCUGGUGACUGUACUAUCCUCCUGACAGUGAAUAGAGAGGAUGGGGUCUUAGAGUAAGGAAGUUUUGGCGCCACCCAGUCUGUUCUUCCUUGGAAACAUCUGGAUUCCCUUGAGCUUCAUCUGAGCCAGUACCCCUUCAGAAUGGAAAUCUGCACACACAGAGCCUUUUGGCUCGCUAUUUGUCUGUUAGUAGACUCUGUUCUUAUUUCAGGUGUCUCAAUGCCUCAGGUCAAAUUUCCACAUCUUUUUUUUUUAUUGCCAGUUUUGCAUUUCUGUUCAAAUAUUUCAGCAAAGAUACUAAAUGAAGCUGCCACAGGAGGAGGAACAAUGUCUUUGCAGAGGUGAGAGCAGAGCAAAAUUUACACUCAGUCUGACUCAGUAUGGAAUGCCAAAGUAGCCAAUAUUAUAUAAAUAAAUGACAUUAUGAAAUUAAUAAUCAUAUGAAUAUAGUAAAAUAUAUAAAUGACCCAAUAAAAGUGACAUAAUUUAAUAAUUUGUUAAAACUUAUAAUGUUAUGUCAUCAUUCUUUUCAUAGUAACAGUUUUAUUGGAGUUCAGUUUUUUUUUCAGAUUUCUUCUCUUUUCUUGUCUGUUUUCUCCAGUGAUUGGCUGAAAGCUGAGGGGGUAGGAAGUGGUGGCAACAAUUAAGUCGUGAAAAGUGACAGUGUGGAGGAUUUAGUGGCAUCUAGCUAUGAAAUUGCAGUUUGCAACCAUUUGAAUACCGCUCGCCUCACCCUCCCCUUCCAAGCAUGUAGGAGAAACUACUCAAAAGAAACUCACAAAAAACACGAGAGGCCCUCUCUAGAGCCAGUGAUUGGUUUGUCCGUUCUGGGCUACUGUAGAAACAUGGCGGCGCAACAUGGCGGCCUCCGUGGAAAGGGGCCCCAAAUGGCUUAUUGUAAGGUAAUGAAAACACAACGAUUUCAGGCGAUUAUACACUAAUUCAAUGUUUUAACCCUGAUUCAACCAUGUAAAACACUUUGUAACUUUCAUUUUGAAAAGCGCUGUAUAAAAAAAGUUUUGAUUCUACAGUAAUGAAAACAUAAAAUAUAAAGAAUAUUAUAUUCCAUUUGUGCAAACAGCUCCUUAAGUAUGUCAGUGGGGAAAAAUACCAUUGAGAAAUAAAAUAAAAAAAAAACAAACAUUUUAGUUAUAUAGCUAUAAUGUGGGUGAAAUUAAUUUCACUACAAAUUGUUACUAUACAAGUGGGGAUGUAUCAUUUCACGGUGAGUUUUUAAUAAUUUACACUUUAUGUUUGUUACAUAAAAUCUCUUAAUUUUACUUAAUUUUUUUUUUUUAAGUAUUUGCCCUUUUGGAGUUAAUUCAACCUUUAGUAUAGAACAGAAUGAUAGUGGCUCUGAUUAAAUGUCUUUUUGUCAAAAUUCGAAGACCUUUUUUCUGCUUCACGUUCACUCUUUAGAUGAAUGUGUUGAACUUCACUCAGCCCUCACUUGUUGCAUUGGCAGGUUUUAAGCACAGCCAGACUUUUGUUUUUCUUUGAGGUUCCUUAGAUUUCCAUUCUGAGGGUGGUACCAUUUAUUAACCAUGUCAUUUUCUCUUUGUCUUUUCUUCUGUUGGGCCUUGUUUUCUUCUCCUCAUUGAUUUCUACCCUCUAAUUGUAUUGGUGAAUAUAGUCAGUAAGUCCUAACUAUGUAGCUAAGUUACAGUAGCUUGUAACAGAAAGUCAAAAAGCUAGUCGUUGGCAAAAAAAGUUGUUUGCUGUAUGAAAAGUUAGUCAUAACUAACUUGCAAGUCUUGCAUUCUGCCAACCUGAAGCAUUGAAUAUUUAAGCAGAGAAAUGUUAGCUUUACCAGUUCAGACUUUGAAGGAUAGAGUGCUAGGGAAGUGACUUUUCCCAACAUUCACUGGUGCUACAUGUUGCCAUUACUACAACUACUUUAUCUGUUACAGGUAUGUGCAACAGGUGAAAACUGAACAGCACUUUGGACCAUUUGAUUAUAAUAGGCAAUCAUUGUAUUGUGGGGUAAACGGCAAUAUUCCAACUAUUUUUUAAAUAUUGUCUGUUAUUAACAGGUUAACAGUAGGCCUAGCUGCUUUAUGUCACUACCUUGUAUAAAAAUACGUAACAUCAAAAAUAUCAAAAUCUACAUUGUCUUUGUGUUAAGGAAUAAUUUAUAGUAUUACUUUAAAAGUUGUAACAUGCUGUAUCUGCACAGUUUAUCCCCUCAAUAAUGUAGAAGGUGAAAAUGAUAGCUCCUCCCACUACAUUGUCUCAUCUAUAUUGAUAAGGGAAGAAUGGUAUUCUUGAAUUUGAAUCCAACUAAUCUGAAGUAUUCCAGAUAGCGCCUAGAAAAUAUAGUGGACUGCAGUUUGAAUAGGAUCCUCCUUUUUGUUGCCCAAUGAUGGGUUGUUGUAACUAGUUGUUCAGCUCUGUCAAUGACAAUAUUGGCACACAAGUGAACAAAUACAUGAAUUUACACAUAUGACGUUGUUCCAUCAGUGUAGCCAUGGACACAUUUUCAUUCACUAUAUGUACUAUGUGGUCACAUGCAUCCCUGAUCACAUCUAAAUGUGGCAGGAACUUUGGCGUUUGAUGCAGUUUGGAUGCCAUCAAAUCUGUAUAUAGAGGUUUGAUUGGUAUGCUGCAUUUGGUUUCAGUGGCCACAGUGUGCACAGGCUGGCUAGCCAAAAUUGCCUAGCUCCCCAUUACAUAGUCAUCAUGUGCUUAAAUGUAACCCAUACCAUGUUGUACUUAGCUUCUCUUAGAAACUACAAUAUACGAGUUAUGGAGUAAGAUGCUUUAUCACCUUAAAUCACUGUGUACAUGACCAUAGAUAAUCUUGAAACUAGUAUUUUUGAUCCAUGUAUUCUUUAGGUUUGUUCAUCAAGAAUGGUUGCUUAUCAGAACUGAAUGGUGGGGGUAUUUUAACAUACUUGCAGAUGUAGAACGCACACUUUGAAUACAAGACUAUCUAUGCAGAAAUGUUUUUUUUUUAAAAGGUUCAACAAGCUUUUAAAAAGAAUAAUGUAGCUUCUGUUUUUCUAAUUUAUUCCUCAGUUCACGUCAGUGGAGGGUAUGUCUUAAUGAAUAAUCCCUAGAAUGUCAUUUAAUUUUCUAUUUAUUUAUAGUUUGUCUUUUAUCUUCACUUUCAGUGUUUUGUCAUCUGCUUACCAAGAAAAUAAAGCUCAUCAAAGGAUAAA